GUCUAAUCGGAUCGAGACCGUUCAGUUAAAGCUACCAUGUAAUGUUUACUUCUUUGGAACAACGGCGUGUCCUCCUUGGUUAACACUGUUGGAGAUCGCAGACGCGGUAUCUAAUGUCGUGUAAAUCACGUUUUCAGUGCGAGACAUUCGUUAAAACCACGGAAUCGUAUUUGCAGUAUUAGUGGUUCAUUCUGUGGUCCGUGUUCAUGAUGGCGAUGUUCCGCAGUUUUGUGUCUGCUGCUCAGCUAAGGCAGCAUCAGCAGCAAAAUGGAGCCGCAGCAGCCGCACCUGGGGAAAGCCUGGAGAGCCAGUUCUCCUGUCCCAUCUGUCUGGAGGUGUAUCACAAACCUGUCAGCAUCGCAAGCUGCGCCCAUACUUUCUGUGGGGACUGUCUACAGCCGUGUCUGCAGGUGACAUCGCCUCUCUGUCCACUCUGCCGCAUGCCUUUCGAUCCAAAGAAAGUGGACAAAUCCUCCAGCGUGGAGAAGCAGCUUUCUUCGUAUAAGGCACCGUGCAGAGGGUGCAGCAAAAAGGUCACCCUGGUCAAAAUGCGAUCGCAUAUUUCCUCUUGCACAAAGGUUCAGGAACAGAUGGCCAAUUGCCCAAAGUUCAUGCCUGUGGUCCCCACCUCACAACCCAUUCCCAGCAAUAUUCCAAACCGUUCCACUUUUGUGUGCCCGUACUGUGGCGCUCGCAACUUGGACCAGCAGGAACUAGUGAAGCACUGCAUGGAGAACCAUCGCAAUGACCCCAACAAAGUGGUAUGUCCAGUAUGUUCAGCUAUGCCUUGGGGUGACCCCAGCUAUAAGAGCUCCAACUUCCUGCAGCAUCUUCUCCACCGGCACAAAUUCUCCUAUGACACAUUUGUGGACUACAGUAUUGAUGAGGAGGCAGCACUGCAGGCAGCACUGACCCUCUCACUGUCUGAGAACUGAGAGUCCGACAUUUAUAUCCUGUUCCACAAACACAGCCAUGUGAAGGGUCUUCUCACUUGUCUUGUUUUAGGCUGAAUAUUUUCAUUGCUCCUCUGUUUUCCUCUCACUCUACCUCUCUUCUGGUCUGUAUUUCCUGAGCUGUACUCCAGCUAGAUGCUGAAGUAGCUCUUUAGCUUGUUUGCCAGUUGCAUAAGGUUGCGAGGUUGCCAGCUCCUGAAUUUUAAGGGGAGGAGCUUCUGGUUUGCUUAUCGUAAUCAUCAGCAUUAUCGUGAGCAUCAAAACAUCGGCCAACAAAACACUGAUGUAUGCAAAAAGUCAGACAAAGGAAUAGAUAAAUAUCACCACGCUUGUUCUUGUUGUUCUUCCUAUUGUUUUCCUAUCAACUGUGACAGACCCCGGCAAUGAUAUAAAAACGAGAACAUGGAUCAGCGUUCAAAACAGUGUGUCAUGUAAAAGCGAAGCUGAAAAGUGAACUGUGUUGGGGUUGGCUGUCCUCGUGAUGAACUCUCAUCUUUAGGCAAUACCAAUAGAGAACAGAGAGAAUAAUAGAUUGAUCUCUUUAGCGUCCUCAUUUUUACUCAUUUCAUCAUUUAUGGAAUGCGGAAUAUCAUCUGGCCUUUUUUUUUAAUCAAGAGUUGAUGUGAACACUUGCACUCGUCACGGUUUUCUACAUGUCUGAAUUCUAGUAUUGUUGUUCUUUUAUAGUUCGAUAACAGAAUAUUGACCGACAGGACUGCAUACUCUGCUCUUAACUUGCUACAGUAAUAUUUUCUAAGAAGCGUCAGAUAAGAUUAAAAUUUAUAUUUUUGGAAAAAAGUUUCAGUUUUAAACGGUGCACUAACAAUAAGACGGCAAGCUUCUAGAGGUGUGCUCAAACGUUUUAUCUUUUAACGUAUCCGUUGGUAUUGUUCAUCCGUAUCAGCCGCUAGUUCCGACUUCAAGUAGUUUGGGAGAUUUUUAUUUAAGAGUUCCGUAAUCUUAAUUAUAAUGUGACGUGACUUCAAGCUAUUCGAUCGGAAUAAGGUGGAUUCAUUGGGAAAUUGUCUAGCUCUCUCGAUUAUCUCCAGAUAAAGCAUCGGAAGCUUUUUAGCAUUAAUUUUAUUAUUAUUUUGCUGCCGCAAAAAAGAAUUAAGGAAAUAUUUGCACACUUAUUGAUCGGCAGGUGCCCAAAGAUUGAUUUAUUUGCUUAACCUAGUUAACCCACUGGUUGAAUUUACACCCUCUGCUUUUUUAAAACGCCCUUUUGCUUUCAAAAGUACGAUGUGAAUUAGUUUUCACAGUUCACAUUGCAUUAUGAUCAGUACCAGCUUCCUCAACGUUUCUUGUCGACUAAAUACAACUAUUCCAGCGUGACUUGAAAGCAUCAUCAAUAUGGAGAAACUUGGGGACAUCCUGAAAGGAAUUGGAAGAGUGUGUAGUUGUACACUUUGGCCACAAAGACAUUCAAAGCGCAGGCUUGAUAUUUUAAUUUAUUUUACUACUGCUGUUAGGGGAUUUUUAUGUUUUGUAAGUGUUAAAUCCAAGCCUAUGUACAGUGUUAAGAAGCACUGAUGUUUAGAGGAGCACUGGUGGGAUAGAGUUAGGCGUUAGGGUUAUAAUAUCCCUACUUUGCAGACAUACCUAAUCAUGUCCAUAAAAUACACCGUGAAGUGACCGUUAAAAGAGAAACUUACUCUACACAGGUACACAAAUGUGAAUGCCAAAUCACAGCACAAUGUCAACGUUGUUUGUUUUCCUUUAUCUAAACGUAUUUCAGACCAAACAAAGUAUUAAAAUAUGUAAAACCAAACAUGUUUCCUAGGAAGUAUUCGAUGUUGGUGUUAUUACAGUGUAAUAAAUGUGGCGUUAACAAACCGCAGUACUCAGAAUGCGUCACCUUCAAAUGCAUCACUGUGCUACUGAACUAGAUGUGUUUUAAGUAGUUAGCUAUAAACAUGUUGGCUAUCGAACGAGAUUCUCGUCAAACUGUUGUUUCUCCAUGACUUAACGUAAAAGAAAACUGCUUUCGGAAUACAGCUGUGUAAAAUAUAUGCUAAUGUAUGCUAUGUUGCCAUUGCGGUAAUGGUGUGAAUAGAUACUUAUAUUAUGAAUUGUGCACAUUUUGGAAUAGAACUAUAGCGCGAAUCAUUUGCAUUUAUGUACCUGCAUAGAGUUUGUUACAGGUCUACAAUGACGUGCUCCAAGCUUCAAUUUUCUGUGGCGUGUUUAUUUUGGCAGAUUCGUUUGAUGCCGGUGCAUCGUUAAUCGUUUGAUAUAGAUUUGAUAACUCUGCCAGAUGUAGUGAUUUCGAUAGCCAAUCUUGGCAAAAUAGCGGAAGACCAUUAGAGCUGGUUGGAAACAUUUGUUUUUAAAGUUACCAAGUUUUUUUUUUUUUUUUUUUUAGAAUAAGAUGAUGUUUCAACUCGUGAUUCAUUUCUAUGUUGAUAAGAGUGUUUGUUCAAUCUGUCGCAAUAGAGCUAUUGUGUUCAUCUCCAUUUUGUGGAUUACUGUUAUUUUAGCAAGGUUUAAGCGUGUCACAAUCAUCGUCUGAUCCGAAACUCAGCGGCCAGGAAUGAAAUCGGUUAGAUUUCCGUAAAGAUCUGCAGCAUGAGAGCGACUCUUCGUGACUUGGGGAGAAAGGAACAUUUAUGAACGUGUGUGUGUGUGUGUGUGUGUGAUGUGAACAGUCAUUUGCUUCCAUAAAUAUCUUGCUGUCGGUUUCUAAUCAUUUAGAAAGUUUAACGUGUAAUCACUUAGAGUGAUCUUUCCCGUAUGGUUUUCUUAAAAGCCAUAGUAGAGUUCGUAUCGAUUUCUUUAGGAGUAACACCGUGUCCUAAUGAAAUGACAAAAUCUUCUGUGCAAGUCAGUUUUUGGCCUUGCAGCUUGGAUUCAUUUGAGCAUUGCCGCUCUCGAAGAUGAUUACAGUAAUUCUGUUAAAGGGUGAAUAAUCGUCGAGUUUUUGUCUUUCAGUAUUUACAGACAAAUUACAGUACAUCUCAGGAAGUUUGUCACAUCUCAUUGGGACACAGUGUUGGGUGUCUUUUGUCUUUUGAUGUACAUUUGUACCGAAUAAAGGGCCGUUUAUAAUUGUGUAAGGCCUUCUGGGUAAUGUUGGAAUGUCCUCGUUGGUAUUUAUUAAGAGGCCUGUAAAGAGGCUUAUACAUUCAUAGUAUAAGUGUUCACUUUUUUCUUGUUUUCUUUCUUUUUAUUUUGUUAGAUUGUACAUAAAAUGGCAAGACCGCCGCUUUUCGCGGCUCAUGUUGAAAUUCGGAUUAAGGUGCUAUCACCUUUUCUGCGAAGAAGCAUGUUAAGAACAUUGCACUUUAAUUAACUCAAAUGUCUUUUGAUGAUUGAGUAGGAAUUUUGUUCCAGUUAUUUAACUGCCAAAUGUAUUUUACAAGAGGCAGAUAAUUCGUCAUGUCAUUGUUACGUGAAAAGGUAGGUCAGGUGUAAAAAAACAAAAAAAACAAAAACAAAAAAAACCCAUCAAACAUUUUCAGAAAUGCUGUCACUUUUCGGAAAUGGGUAAUGUUGUAUUGUUGUUUGCAAAAAAGCGUGAUGGAUUAAAACUAAGCAGAAAGAAGUGUUGUUCAGUAGUUUCCAAACAAGAAUGGCCUACUGAAAAUGUGUUCCUUGUAAUUGAUGACGAUGUGUUUUUCAUUGGCUUCUUUUGAGAUUUUACAUGGUGUCGGUAUUGUUUUGAAAGAUUAAAAUGAAACUGAAGAGUAGAAAGUAGAAAAAGACAACCGAGUUUCCCAGUAUCCCAAUGUUUUUACUCAAUAAUGAUGUUGGUUUUUUUUUUUAAGUGUCUAAAUAUAGUGCUCAAACAAUAUUCAUGUGCACAGCUGUAGCAUAGUAUGUAUUUUUUUUUUUUUUUUAAGUGAAACUUUUGAUAUUGUACAACACAGCUCUCCAGUUCUGAUACCUUUGAGAAUGACCUUAAAAUGUAUAUUUUUCACUCUUUUUGUAUCGUAACAUCAAUGCAUACCGUCACAGAUAAACAUAGAGGACUUCUGCAUUUCUUGUGUUGGUUGACGCUGUCCGCCAGAACAACAUAAACAAACUGGGGAUGGCUCGCUGUCUGUCUGUAUAUGAAACCUUAAUGAAUGGCCAAGGACUCGAUGAGGAGAACGGUGGCUCAGAACUUUAGCAACAUCUUUUUAUCACUGGAACAUUAAACGCUGGAUGCUUGAGGAUGAAACGCGACGAACCCGUGGACGCGCGAUGGAGUCGGUACUCGAGGAGGAUGUCGAUGAGUGAUGCUCGGCGGCAUCGGUCCAGGAAACUUUACUGUUUUGUGCUGCCGCAGGAAGAGGGCGCCACAUCCUCUCAGGUGCCUCCAGACAGAGAUCCGGCGUUUGUGUGUUUGCUCGGUGUGAUUAUGCAUUCACGACUAUGAAUAAUAAUGAGAUAACAGUAAUAACAUUGCCGAUGUUCAUGAUGGUGUGCAUUUUUGAAGCUGUAAUACUGACUGAGGUUUAAUAAGAUACUUACACAGUGUAUUUGUAGCAGUUUUCCCCUUAAUAAAAACACAGAUGCACCCAC